CUUGACCAGACCCGGGAUCGAACCCGGGCCGCCGCGGUGGGAAGCCAGCGACUAACCGCUUGAGCUAUGUCGCGGCCAUAGUACUUAAAGUUAGGCCGUCUCUUCUUUACACCCUUUCCAAUUCUUUAUUCACGAACCCAAAUACUAGACUUUACACAGUCUGAGCUACUGAAAACGCCCUUAAAUAAAUCCCGAAUAAAUAAAUAAAAAUAGUAUAUGUACUGUAUUAUAUCGUUCAUUUGUCCGUUGGUCAGGCGAGUGGCAUAUUGAAAAUAUGAAGAGCUAGAAAUUCCUCCACGUUCCCAGUCUCAAUUUUGUUGCCUAUGGCCUUUUUUACAACUGGCCUGGUAAGCUCCUAAAGCAAACCAAUGUACAUCAAUGGAACAUCGCCUCGAUGACAUGAGACAGAAAUUGAAGACCGUGAAGAGAGAGGAAAUGACACAUACCCCCACCAGGUGGACGCACUGCAUAUCGAUACAGCACCGAUUAAGCGGAUUAAGCAUUGUAUUGUGAGGUAGGUUGGAAGGGGUUGGUGUCUUUAUGUGUUAUGCUGUGUCUUAAGGUAACGUACUAAAAUCAGUGUUAACAUUUCAUUCAGUGUCAUGUUUAGAGUGAUAAUAUAUCGUGUGAGGGAGUCGGUGCUUGAUCUCAAGGUACACAGACAUGAAUUUGUGUUGUCAGUGUGGAAUAAAACGAGUUCAAACGUGUGUUCUAACAACAAAAAAUGCAGUGUGUGUUUCAGUAAUACAGUGUCUUGUGAAGACAAAGGGGAAGGUAGAAUGUGCCCAGUGAUUACAUAUUUAAAACACAAAACUGAGUUGAAAAGCCGUGCGUUGAAUGUGAGUGAACAAUUAUGCGUAUCACCCGAAUUGUCAGUGAAUAAGUGAUACUUCAACUUCCGUUGCCCGCCAAGCAUCUACACCAGGGUUCCGCCAUCUUCAGCGUCGUUUCCUUUUGCAGCUGUUAUCAACAUACAGAGGGACUUCGAAGUUCUGCUGGCCUUCACCAAAUGCAGAAAGCAGUUGUCCGUCGGGAGCAGAGUAUGCUUGACAAUCUGGUGUUUCAUCUUGACUCCCCGUCCUGGUGAUGGAUUUGAUAAAAGUGCCUGGUUUUGGUGAUGGGAACUAACAACUUCGCCACAUGUAACAUCUGAAUUCCCUCCCUGGAUUCAUCAGAGAGAUCGUUGACGCAUUGUGGUAACAGCGCCUUGCGUCAUAAGUCUUGGUCACUCCAACGUCAAAACCGCAUUCUACAACGUGUGCCUGGCAUUUCCCAUUCGAAGAAAAUACGUUCAUAGAUUCAUUUUGUUUGGUAUUUUUCUAACAACCUAAUAUAUAUUAAAAUAAUAUAUUAUUUUUAAUACGUUCUAAAAUUUCGUCUUUAUCCGCAAAAAAUAAAAGAAUUUAAAGGUCUUUAAAAUGAAGAACAAAAUUCAUAUUAAUUUCUUUUCAUAGUUUUAAAUUUGAGCACAAAUUGGAGGAAAAGAAACACUGAAUAUUUGUUCAUAAUACAAAACAAUAAUAACUCAACAUUGGUACAGGAAGUUUUGCGUCAGAAACUGGAUAAGAAGAUAGGUUACAGCGUUCAGUACGUAUUUUUGAACGACAAGUACUUAGUGAUUUUAACUCUUUACAGUCGGAGGCAGUGAUAAAUCCUUACAAUUAUUAACUUACCUUACAUACAGACUUUCAAGCCAAAAUGGCCAACAUUGCUCUGAACGAAGCUGAUGAUGCAGGCAGGAACUGUUCAGCAGAAAUAAAUUUGUACAACAGCAGUUUAGGCAUCACGCUGGCUGUUCCGGAUUGGGAAGCCGUCACCACAGGCCUUAUCCUAACUUUGGUGAUCAUGAUGAUUCUAAUAGGAAACAUACUUAUUAUUCUUAGUAUCUUCAAACAUAAAGCACUGCGAAACGCCCAGAACUUCUUCCUAGUAUCUCUGGCAGUUGCUGAUCUAACAGUCGCUGUGUUUGUAUUACCCUUCAGUGUAAUAUAUCAAAUUGUGGGGCGUUGGAAAUUCGGAAUAAACUUAUGUAAAAUGUGGUUAACUUUUGAUGUGCUGUGUUGUACUGCUUCGAUACUGCAUUUGUGUGUUAUAGCUUUAGACAGGUAUUGGGCAAUAACAGAUCCACUGAACUACGCACGGAAAAGAACCCACAAACGUGUUCUUGUUAUGAUUGGAGGUGUGUGGGUGCUUUCAAUUGCAAUCAGUUCCCCUCCACUCAUUGGUUGGAAUGACUGGGAAUCAGUUCUACGUAAUGGCACUGUGUGUGAGUUGACUAUUGAACAAGGAUACAUCGUGUAUUCCUCUCUCGGGUCCUUCUUCAUUCCUCUGUUUAUCAUGAGCCUUGUUUAUGCUGAAAUCUUCAUAGCAACGAAAAGGAGAUUAAGACAAAGAGCCAAAGCAUCGAAAUUGAGUGCCGUUACAUGGAACAGACACCCGAAUUCUCCACGUGAACAGGAUUCUACUAGCAGUGAUACAAAUCAAAACAAUCACUUCCACAUGACUGAAGAAAGAAUUAAGGAGAAUACAAACAAAUCAAAAAAGAAAAAGGAUAAUGAUGGGUGUUCGAAAGAGAAACAUCGUAAGAAAUCUCUUGUGACAGAAGAGUCUAUUACAGAUAAUGAUGAAAAUCCUCAGCUAGGAUCUCAGUGUCUUAAGGAUUUGCAUAAUAGUAAUGAAGAAGGCCCUAACCCGCCGUCUAGCAGGACAACGACAGCAAGAACAGGACCAGAGAUGUCCACGCCUGCUACUGUGCGCGGCUCAGCCAUCUUCCCAUCCUCCAGCACGAGGAAACACGCUCCGGUAAAUCUAUUCAUGCAAGUGAAACAGAGGAUUUCGCUGUCGAAAGAACGGCGCGCCGCAAGAACACUGGGGAUUAUCAUGGGUGUGUUCGUGGUAUGCUGGUUGCCGUUCUUCCUCAUGUACGUCAUUGUACCAUUUUGUGUUUCCUGUUGUCCGUCUGACAAGUUAAAACACUUCAUGACGUGGUUAGGAUACAUAAACUCGGCCCUAAACCCCAUUAUCUACACUAUAUUCAAUAUGGAUUUUAGAAGGGCUUUCAAGAAAUUACUUCACAUAAAAUAAUAGCACUUAUGAAUUAAGAAAGUAAUGUUUUCGUGGGACGUGCCAUAACUCAGGCGGUUAGUCGCCGGCUUCCUACCGAGGCGGCCCGGGUUUGAGCCAAGGUCAGGUAAUGUGGGAUUUGUGGUGGACAAGGUAGCGCUGGGGCAGGUUUUAUUCGAGUACUUCGGUUUCCUCUUGGUCAUCUUUUCAUUUUCCUUCACUACCUACUCACGUGGUAGCGUAGUUGAUUGAGGCAUUAUACUACAAGCCGGAAGGUCGCGGAUUCGAUUCCAGAUGAGGUCAU